GAAUUCAGGUGCGUACCGGUCCCGUAUCCGCUACAACCUCACCCGCUCGACCUUCCGUGAGAUUGUAGCCCGACCGCUGACGCUUGGCUGCCACAGAUCUCCUCACCAAGUCACCUUCUUUCUCAACACCGCAAAUAUGGAUCACGCAAAGUUGGCGCGUAUGCAGGCGUCAGUGCGCAUUGGCGGCAAGGGCACUCCCCGCAGGAAGGUCAAGAAGGUCCACAGGGGCGCUGGUACCGACGACAAGAAGCUCCAGACCGCGCUGAAGAAGCUCAAUGUCCAGCCUAUCCAGGCCAUUGAGGAGGUCAACAUGUUCAAGAGCGACGGCAACGUCAUUCACUUCUCGGCACCUAAGGUCCACGCGUCAGUACCCGCCAACACCUUCGCCAUCUACGGACAUGGUGAGGACAAGGAGCUGACAGAGCUCGUCCCCGGCAUCCUCAACCAGCUCGGCCCCGACUCGCUCGCAUCGCUACGCAAACUCGCCGAGUCUUACCAGAGCAUGCAGAAGGAGAAGGGCGAGGACGGCGAGAAGAAGGACGACGAUGACGAGGAUGACGAUGACAUCCCCGACCUGGUCGCCGGCGAGAACUUCGAGUCGAAGGCUGAAGUCGAGUAAGAAGCUACUCCAGUCUUAGCCGAACAAAGACUAGGCAGUGUUGAGGAGGAGGCUAUGUGCAAUGAUGGCCUGCCGUAUGUACAUUGGUUUCGAGGACUUCAUGAAUGCAAUGAUCAUUACGGUCAGCAGCCGCGGCGAGUUUUGCAUGCACAUACCGGGCUGGCGUUAUACCUCGGGAAAAAAAAGAUAUGAAUGAAAGUCUUCUAGCACGCUCCCC